CGAACGCUCUCGCUUAUCAUGUCGCCAUUCCCCGUAUACUAGGUACUGCUGCAUAUUCUUUAAUAUAGGGCAAAUAUCAUAUGCGCUCAAAAAUCAAUCGACAGGAGAUCUCUGAAGCGUAGGCAUUGCGACUGUCCGCGGCCCGAUUACAUGCCUUUGCCGAUUUCCCAUGUUGCACUGCUCGCGACCUUUCUAAUUAAUAUUUACAUAUGUCGAUUCUCCUGAACAGUGCAGCUCAGACGAUACUGCUAGCCCGCUCUGGAACUCUACUCUAGACCCGGACGAGGUGUGUGUUGUGCCCCACCGGACGACAUAUCGUCCUUGAUGAUGUUUUGGGGCUAGAUUCCGUUAGACAGGGUGAAAUAUCUGUCGUCAGUGAUACUAAACAGUCGGAUUUUUCUGUCCAGUCGCUUCGUUGGCCUAGCGAGCUCAUCAAAAUGGCGGAUUUGGAAGCAGUUCUGGCCGAUGUUAGCUAUCUUAUGGCGAUGGAGAAGAGCAAGUCGACUCCUGCAGCCAGAGCAAGCAAGAAGAUUGUUCUUCCAGAGCCAAGCGUUCGGAGCGUCAUGCACAAGCAUCUCACCAAAAUGAAUGAAGUCACAUUUGACAAAAUAUUCAACCAAAAAUUAGGAUUCUUGCUAUUCAAGGAUUUCUGCAACAAUAUGUGUGAAGACCCAGUUCCCCAGCUCAAGUUUUACGAGGAGAUAAAAAGGUUUGAAAAAUUAGAAACAGAUGAAGAAAGAAUCAAAACCGGCAAGGAGAUCUAUGACCAGUUUAUUAUGAAGGAGCUCUUAUCACAGUCACAUACAUAUUCCAAGGAAGCUGUUGAACAUGUUCAGGAAAUGCUCACACAAGCCCAAAAAACAAGGACAUUAGCGUCAAAUAUUUUUGAGCCAUACAUAGAUGAAAUAUGUAAUUCAUUACGGGGUCAUAUAUUUCAAAAUUUUUUAGAGAGUGAAAAAUACACAAGGUUUUGCCAGUGGAAAAAUUUAGAAUUAAAUAUUAAUUUAACAAUGAAUGACUUCAGUGUACAUAGGAUUAUCGGCAGAGGGGGAUUUGGCGAGGUUUACGGGUGCAGAAAAGCAGAUACAGGCAAAAUGUAUGCAAUGAAAUGCCUGGACAAGAAGAGAAUUAAAAUGAAGGGAGGAGAGACAUUAGCUCUGAAUGAAAGGAUAAUGUUGUCAUUAGUCAGUACAGGGGAUGGAAGUCCCUUCAUUGUGUGUAUGACAUAUGCAUUUCAAACACCGGAGAAGUUGUGUUUCAUCCUGGACUUGAUGAAUGGUGGGGACUUGCACUACCAUCUGUCCCAACACGGCGUCUUCACGGAGAAGGAAGUACGCUUCUACGCCACAGAGGUCAUCCUUGGGCUGGAACACAUGCACAGUCGCUUUGUGGUGUAUCGAGAUCUCAAGCCCGCAAACAUACUCCUAGAUGAAAAUGGACAUGUACGAAUCUCAGAUCUCGGGUUGGCGUGUGAUUUCUCCAAGAAAAAGCCACAUGCCAGUGUUGGUACACACGGGUACAUGGCUCCUGAGGUGUUGCACAAGGGAACUGCCUAUGAUUCCAGUGCUGACUGGUUCUCCUUCGGCUGCAUGCUCUACAAGUUACUCAAAGGACACAGCCCCUUCAGACAACACAAGACCAAAGACAAGCAUGAGAUUGACCGUAUGACAAUGACCAUGAAUGUGGAACUCCCUGACUCCAUGUCGCCGGAGAUGAAGAGUGUGCUCGAGGGCUUGCUGAAGCGAGAUGUCGAAGAGAGACUUGGAUGUCGAGGACGUGGGGCCCAAGAGGUGAAGGAACACCCCUUCUUCAAGGGUAUUGACUGGACCCAGGUGUAUCUGCAGAAGUACCCACCACCCCUCAUACCACCGAAAGGGGAGGUCAACGCUGCCGACGCAUUCGACAUUGGAUCCUUUGAUGAAGAGGACACCAAGGGCAUCAAGCUGACCGAGGCUGACCAGGGCCUGUACCAGAAUUUCCCGCUGGUCGUGUCCGAGCGCUGGCAACAGGAGGUGGCGGAAACGGUCUUCGACGCCAUUAACGGGGACACAGACAAGAUCGAGCAGAAGAGGAAACAGAAACCCAAGAUUGAUGACAUUGAUGCCGGCCCGACAGACUGUAUCGUGGAGGGUGAGGUUCUCAAGUUGGGAGGGCCGUUCCUGCAGACUUGGCAGAAGAAGCACCUGAAGCUCUACCCCAACAGACUCGAGUUCUACCACAAAAAUCGUGACAGCCAGGUUGUCCGUAGCAAAGGGGUAGAGCUUGUGUCCAUGUUUGACAUCAAGGAGGUGUACCCCGACUUUCAGAAACUGAACAAAACGGAGAACUGUAUUGUGAUGCAGUUGAAGAAUGACCAGAAGAUCAUUAUUACCUCACCAGACCGUGUGCUGAUAACCCAGUGGAAGGAUGAGAUCAUCACUGCAUACAAGACGUCUGCUCAAAUCAUGGCCACGAUGAACAAGAAGGCAAGCAAGCUGUAUGGCUCUGAUCUCGUGAACAGCCCAAGUAAUGAGAACUUACGCGCGCCACUUGAACAUCGGAAUAGCAACGGAAGCUAGAGGGAGGUGGCCCACCCAGUUUCGCUAUCAUACUGAUUUUAGUAGCAGUUUUUACAUCCUGGUACUUCAGUGACAUGUAGAUGAGGCAUUAUGGGAUAUAUUUCAUCAUGUGACUUGAGAUAUUUCAUUAUACAUUGUAGACCAUCAGGCAUAAUGUCAUCAAAUGGACAGUCAGUUCUUGAAUGUGUGGAACAUUCUUUCGGCAGGAGUUUGCUUGGAGAGAGAGACUGUUUUUCUUUGUCUCAUCAACCAGUAGGAGAUGUGUUCAUAUCUUGCAGACAAGCGAUAUGGACAUGUUAUUCCCUGCUGCAUGAAAUCCCAGGAUAAAUGGGAGGUCAAGGUUGCGUGGAUGACCUUUGACCUUCUAAAGCAUCUGUGGUAAUGACCAUGACAAAAAGUGUCAAGGUCAUUCGAAAUAGUUGGAGUAUCCAGAAAAUGAGAUUGGAAGUCUAUGUGGAUAUAUAAACGAGCAGACAUCUCGUGUUCUGGAUGACAACAGGCACCUGUUAUCGGAUACAGCUCCAGAGGAAUGAAUACCACAACAGUGUUACAUAAAUCUCCCUCACCAAGAAACACAGAUGGAUGGACACCAAGACAAAUCUGAUUAUUUCCAAUCAUGUCAUAAUCUCUGUAGUAAUCAUCACUUAGGAUUGUUCACGUGUAAGUCAUCCUGUCCCUGCUGACAAAGUUACAUGUGUACUAUGUCAAAGGGUGAGGUCAAGGUCAUAUGUGUCUAGGUUAAGAUCCGAUGCAGUGCAUAUGUAGGAAUAAUCAUACAUAUGAAUAUCAAAUGUUGAGGCAAAUAGUAACCCUCUGUAACCUUUCUGUCGAUGUACGUAUGGAAAUAUGUACAAGGUCAAUCUGUAGGAGAAUGGGAUACCCACUGUAUACACCUAUACCAAACUAAGCUCUUCAUUCGGAAGGGUUCCUCUUCAUUUGUUAUGCGUAUGUAUCACGUGUCAUGGCAGAUGUUGAUAGGGAGACUCCCUUCCUGUCAUGUGCCGUGCGUUGCCCUCGAUUCCCAAUCCAUCAUAAGUAAGCCUACAUGGGAUGCAUUCUAAGUCUUUCACAACUUCCCAACUUGUAGCGUACGUACGUUAUCCGUCUUGUGACCGUCUUUUGAGCUGUGUUCUUAAUGUUUAUGCCAGUGACGACGUCAUGGCUAGUCAUCUUGAUAUGUGUUCAAUGGUUCACAAUAGGAUUACGUUUCAUAUUUUACCAUGGUAAUUCUAGUGUUAUACGAUGUUUAGGAUUUCUUCAGAGUAUUACAGCUUAUUGUUGUAUGUUGUUCUGGAUGGGGCUGGACCCACUUUACUCUAUGACAAUUUCACUGUGUCCUCGUCGUGCACAACAUGGUUGGUACACCUGAGUUAGCUCCCCUUAUUCUAGUGUAAAGUCUGCCUGCUUGGUGCUGUUUUAAAAUGCAACUUGUUUUUUUUUUCAUUUACAAAAAAAAGGAUCAUUCAUUUUAGAACAUGUUGAUUUUUAGAAAAUGUGUCACUUACAUUAUCAUAUUACUUUUUAAAAAAUUAUCAUGCUCUUUUACCUUGAGUCAUAUUUCACUGAUACUUUUCAAUUGUUGUGCUUUGUACAUAACAAUGUCUGACUGUGGAUGAUAAUGGGUUUUUUAUAUAUCUUCUGAACAUGUAGCCUGAUACUAAGAUUUCAUCUCUCAUAUUUCGGUUGAUGGUUAAGACUCAGUUGUAUGUGUUUCAGCAGCCUCCAGGUACACUUACAGUUACAGGACAAUAUGUCAUCACUUUGUAGUAAUCUUCUCAGUCACCCAACAUGUCACCACUGUCAGUAGAAACAUCUGGGAGCAUGCCAUGGAUUUACAAUUUAUGGUUCCUUAAGAGGUUAAGAAGCAAAGGUUGAGACCAGUGUGCAGGUGCUUUGUAUUGAGUACAUGUACUGUGUACCAAUGCUUGCUUGUGUUGAUCUGCAAGACAGAUUUGAUGCUGAUAACCUUACACUGACAUAUGCAUAUAGUACUUGACUAUGAUUAUGCAGCAGGUGCUUGUUGGGAAUUGUUUCUGCAGAUGUUGGCAGGUCAUUGUUUGAGAUUCUUUCAGAUUUGAAAAACUUCAGAGCACUCCAAGUGGCAACUGACUACAUCUGACGAGUUACCCUAGAUAUUGCCAUCUGUAUGGUUUGUGCUUCAAGUUGCUUCAGUCACAAGCAAACAAGAACAUGUUGCUUGGUGAAGCAAUGGUGUUCAGAAACAAUUAGACUUGCAUGAACCUGUGUCCACACAAUCCUGAUAGAUCGGCCGUAUGUAUCUGAGCAUCUACAAGCAUAUCAAGCAUUUACCAAAUCUCCUUCCUCCUCCAGAUUUACACAGAGGUAGUUUUCUUCAGUCAAUCAUUCUUAAGGUGUCAAUCUGCAAAAACCAAAGAAUAGGACAUUGAUGGAUUGGGUUUGUUGUGCCCAUGGGAAGACAACCAAGUCUGCUGGCAGACCUCCGAUCCCGUCUAUACAAGGGAUCAUCUCUUUUGGGGAUGUGUACAUGCUUCAUCGGUGAAUUACCCCCCUAUUUUGCUCACAUACAUGUAGUAGAAGAAGGUAUUAACAGAAUGAGUGGUCAAUCAUUGUACACUAAUUAUAUUCAGAAUCAAGCUGGCUUGUUAUCUACUCACUCAAUAUUCAGUGGAUUCAUGGCAAUAUCACAACUUGUGGCUGUCCAUACAGCAUGGGAAAGUUGUAGAAGAUAUAGAUUUCGACAACCUGAUGAGGUCGGCAGCCAAAAAAAGACAUGUAUUUUUCUCACAGCCAAACCAGAAAAACUGCAUGUUCAACAUCUUAUACAUGUAUUCAGAGAGGGAGAUGGGAGCCUGUUUUUGGGUUGUUUAUUUUGACAGGAUAUAUUUCAUUCACUGCUUUAAAACACCAACUUCUUUUUGGGUUCAAUAGGACGGGCAACCAAUUAAAAUUUUGUUCAUAUCACCUACCAUGUCCUGUGACAAAUCUUAUUUUGGGGUUUAAAGCUGGAGGCAACUAUUUUUUCCACUUUCUUUCUUAAACGAUUUUCAGGGGUUUUUUCAAAACAGGUGAAUCCCUGGCAAAAAGACUUCAGAGAGUCACAUGUUUUUGAUUGGCCACAAAGAUGACUCUACCUAGUGUUAUUCCUUAAAUGUACUUCAUAAAAAUUGCAAUAUGUAAGCGCAAUAUUUGUUUGUACAGAGGUAAUACAUUGGCAACUUCACUUUUGCCUGGAAACUAUCAUCUCACAAUGUCAGCACCUCAUCUCUCCAAGUACAAGCACCUGUUCUCUGGUCUUGACCAGUGUUAGCCUCUAUAUCUCUUCCUUAUAUUCGUGUACAUGGCAAGUUACUUGCUGGGCACUUGGUGACUAGAGUAGAUUGCAUCUUAUUGUAAUCAUACUUCAAAGUUUGAAUUUGUUGGCCAGAUUCAGAAUAAGAACAAUUCAACAUAGUGUUUUAAAAUUGUACUUUUUCCCCCUUCCCUCUAGAAAAUGGUUGUAAGUCAUAAAUAUUAUGUCUGGCUGUUAAGACUAGAAGUGAAACCCGGGAAACGCCUGGGUUGGUUGUCUUAGUAAGUCUGCAGAAUAUUGCCAAGCAUCCAAUAUCAGUUGUUCAAUUCUUCAGCACAUUUUGUAUUUCACGGUUAUUAAUAUUCUUGAUUUGAUUGGCCUUGAGUGCUUAUAAAGUACCAAUAUUUACCUAUUCAUUGUAAAGACAUGCCACUUUUUGGUUGAUUAACACCAAAUUUUUAACUAGUUUUGAAGAAAGCAUCUUUGCAGGAAUACACUUAUUUAACUCCAGCUUUUUCUCUGUGGCUAUGUUGUGGUUAAUGGAUGAACAGUAUAAAAAAGGACAUCAAUCAGGUCCCAUCUUCUGUUGUCGUAACUGGAGGUCACUGGCAGAUCUUAUCAAUAGACUGAUGUCAAGAUCAAUAAUUGACCAUUGAUCGCUGUUGGACAUCAGGUCAAUCAGUGAUCUUAACAGAUUGACUGUCAAGGUCAAUGAUUGACCUCAAGAGGAGAGUGGCCCAAAUGUAAGUGACCAAAGGACUUGUUUGGAUGCCCAGCAUGGAGACGGCUACCAUGCUCGUGAAGUCAUAAUACAGUAUUUGAACUCAGUCCUGCCGCCCCCAUACUUUUACUCCAUAUUACUCUGUUAUACAUACCAUUGGCAGGGAUCAUCUCAAAACAGCACAUGCUCUUUUAAUGUGUAUAGUUUCAUCAGGUAUGAACAAACUUUAGUGUGGAAAUCGAGGGAAGCAUUUAAGGUGUUGCUUUCUUUAUGAAUAAGUUCCUGGUGUUAGGAUUCCCUUGGGCAAACCUUGAGGUUUUGAGAUGACCCCUAUGUAUUUGUUUGUUUAUUUUUAAUAGAAUAUUAUAUAUUUAGUGCUUGAAUGUGAGGUCUUUGUGCCCUAAUUUUUUAACUUGUCAACUCCUUUCUCAUAUGCCUCUGUUUAGAAAUUCAUGUGACACUGAAUUGUUUGGGAAAUAGUUUCACAAAUAUUUCUCUGGAUUUUUCAUUUUGAUGUCGAGGUGUUCCUUGUAAGAACCAGGAAUAUAUUGCUACUACAGCUAGAGAAAGACAAGAUAAUAUGUGGAUUUUAAGUCCCUGUUUUGACUGACAGGAGUGACUUUUUGUAUGGUCAAGGUCUUUCAAACCCUUUGAUGUCAAUGUUGAGAAUCCAGACGACACUGUUGAAAUAUUGAUGACCAUACACAAGCAAUGAAAAUCUAUUCCUCAUGAUUGUAAAGCGCAACAAUGAUGUGCACCACAUAUUCUAGCACUGGAUAAUCGCGGUUUGGACCAGUUGAUGGCUUCUCAACAAAAGCAUAUAAUUGUGAAGUUGAAGGGCAGAUGUUUUAUUGUUGCCAUGACAACCAAACUAUCACACCAAAAGCAUGUUUCACUAGUCAAUCUUGUCCUGUGCUCUUUCAUAUUGAAUGGAAGCUACAGGCAUUCAGCCUUUCAGUUGUUCCCUGAAGUAUUCCAUGCUCUUCAGAGUCCUCUAAACAUCACUGAAACUGUUUUUGUGUAUUUGAUAAUAUGGUGAUAGUGUUCUUAAAUAUGCAAUUGCAUAAUAUUAUUGUUGAAAUCCAUUUGAUUUUUAAGAAAUGUUUCCCAUUCUUGUUAUGUUACAGUUUUACAAACUAAGUAUGUGGUAUACUUUUCAGGUAAGUGUUUGUGUGUAGUGCAUCUGUGGCUAUGUGUCUGGUCAGACAUAUCAUCACAUCCCAGUCAGUUGGUCUCUGUUUAAUCACCAGCCUGUUUCCGAGGCCUCUCCUGCCGUGGGCGUGUAAAUUGCUCAAUUAGGUUAUAAUCAUCAUAUUCUUUUAUCAUCAGGGGCAACACAGUGAGGUGGCAACAUCUGCAAAGUUAUUCAAUUAAAAAAAAAAAGGAUUUUUUUUCAAUAACAGCACAUGAUUUUGUAGUGCAUUUUAUCAUAAAAAAAAUUGCCAAUCUCUCAUUUCUGAGGGUAUAGAGAGAUUUAGACUUGUCAAAUUUGUUUGAAUACCUGCCAUGGUUGUCAAAUGUGACAUAUUUUUAUCUGUAGUCGCAUUCAUUACAAUGUAUCUCUGAAGCAAGUAAAAAUGACACUGACAUUUGGCAUUGUAUCUUUUAGAAUGUCUUGGAAAUUUCUUAGGUUUUUUUACUCUCUUGUUCGUAGGAAAAAACCAUCUGUUCCAUAUAUGUUCAUUUUUGUUUGCUCAUCAAGAUGUAAAAUAUUUGAUUUCAGCUGUCAAGGCAUGUGCACGUUGAUAUAGAAACAUAUCCCCUCAAUAUUUAUUUGGAGUAACAAGUCGAGUUGCUAUUCAUUUGAAUAUUAAUGAUUUUUAUUUCAAUAGUUCACAUUUCUGUGUAGAAUAUUAUUGACUAUAAAUCCAGAUGUAAGGAUCUUGUUGCUAAGCAACCAGAAUCGUUUGGGAAGGUGAUAUCAUGCUUCUAGUCAUUAUGAUAUCAUAUCUUUAGCAACCAGACUAUGGCAAGAUGAUGCUUCUCCCAGCAACGAGCCGUAUUAAUGAACAUUGUAUGGUUAGUUUUGUACAGAGAGAGCUGAGAUAAUUAAGUGAAUGAUUAAUAUAUGCUUCAUAUCCAAUGUGAGGUUGUCUCUGUUGGCAGUGUUUAUAUCUGUAUUGUGAUAACAUUUCGCUCAGCAUAGAAAUGACCUCAGUAAAUGUCACUGCAUCCUUCUUUGUAGCAUAGAAGACAAUAGUUCCAUGAUUUAAUCACAAGGAUAUUAAACACAGUGGUUUGAUGCAUCAGAAAGUUGUGUUGAGUUUGAAGUUUCAAACGUACCCAGUGACAAAUGUAUUAAAAAAUAUCCAAUCUUAUUAAAAUCAGAUCUUUGUUCCUGGUACUGCAAAACAAAGAUCUGAGGACAUCCCAUUAUGGGUCGCGUCAGAACGACCUCUCAUCCGACCAAUCACAUUUGUUGCUUUUCAGAUCAGAAUGUGUUUUCUAAUCAUGCAAACCUCAAAAAAGUUGACAUGUGGUAUUGCGAACGACAGGUCGUACGAUUGAUUCCAUCAAAAUCAUCAUCUACCUGUCGCUUCAAUAAAACGAGAGACCUUCCAUAUACAGUGGGAAGACCUGCCACACAAGCUCAGGCAUUUAUGAAACAUUCCAGAAUUUUCUUUUGUUCACUUUUCAAAUUUGGAAUCAAGAACUGUCAAAAUAUUUUUCAAAGCAUAGUCUGGAAUGGAAGUCACCAGUUUGAAACUAGUGUUGUAAAACUUGAGAAGGCUGCUUGCUGACUGGACAAUGUUGGUCAAAGUUCGCAAAAAGCUUGUUCUGAUGUGACCUGUAAUAGAAUGGUAUGUCCUCAGAUCUUGGUUUACCGGUUGUGAGAACUAAGAUCUGAUUUUUAUGAGAUUGAAAAAUAUGAAAAUAUCAGCAACAAACAGUAUUGGUUGGGUUACAUUUAGGAUCUUCCUCUAUUGCCCAGAAAUGAUUAGAUUUUCUACUUUUGAAUAUUUUCAUAUGUUUCCACUCCCCAGUUAUUAUAGGCUUUUCUGGAAAAGACUUGAGUGGAUGUGUGAACAAACUUUACGAGUUGCAAUGAGAAUACAAUCCCUCGGCAUGGAUAUACAUGAGAAGUCUGCAUUUUCCAGAGAGUAAGCUGUUCUGUUUCCUUAUUUAAACCUGUAUGAAGGAAAAUGAGUAAGCAUCUUUUGAGAUAUGAAUUGUAAGCGAAUUAAAAUGCCUUGUAUUGUUACGGCGUGUUCUUUCAUGCAAAUUGAAGUAACUUUAAUCAGAGAUGUCGAGUGAGUGAGUAUGGUUUUACACCGUUUUCAGUAAUAUUCCUUCGUAAUAGUCAUGGCCGGAACUCAUACAUUAUACCAUGUGUAGACUCAUAACAAGUUUCUUGGUGAGACGAGCCUGACCUCCCAAGAAGACAAUUUGGCUAUUAAUACCUGUAUGAUUUGAAGAUAUUCCAGCGUACCUAUUUAUCAUGUUGUCAGUCGGAGGUUUAAAGUUUGUUCACUCAACCAAAAGGGCCAUCCAAAUGACAUAUUUGUUUCAGAUGAAUCUCUUCUUUUGUGAACGGUUAACUUUGCACAUGAAAAACCAAUUCCCUCCAGACGUCUAUUUGUUGUGAUACUUAGCGGAGGUGUCCAUCUCAUUAGUUUCAGGCUAGAUAUUUGGGUUGGAAUACAAGACUUCUAGAAAUAUAGUCCCACAAGUGUUUAGUAAUAGUCUCAGCUCAAAAGAUGUUUGAGAUGGCCAUAUCUGAAAUUUGUUAUGUCCAGUGUCACUCCUCCUCCUAUGCCCUGUGUAUUGCCUAUAUAGAAGAUUGCCUUAAUAUGUAGUUUUCCUAUUUUAUUUCACUGAGCUUAUUUAACAGAGGUUCUAUUUAUCAAAUUUUGUGCUGUUCCUUGAUUUAAUGUCAGAAAUAUUUAAAUCAAGAUCAGUACAUAAGAAGUUCAAAGCUGUACACAUUUAUCAAUAUUUAUUUUGUAAACAUACUGUAAAUUUGAUUUGAUGAAAUGAUUCAUAACUGACAUAACUAAACAAAUAAUUUGACACAGUUUUGAAAUGGAUCAAGUAUUUUCUAUCACUUAAAAGAAACUAAUUUAAAAUUGUCUCAAUUUUUAUCAUGGUUCAAGUAUUGUUGUCACUUAAAAGAAACUUUAAUUUAACUUGAUCUUAUUUAAUAUCAGGUGCUACUCUACAAACUUACGAAAGUCGAUUAGACUGUCUAUUUAUAAACCAGAAUUGCUCUCCUGAUGUUCAAGAAUGUACAUUUGUGAUUGUGCAAUAUGCUUCAGUUUAUUAUCACACGUUACAAUAUGUAGGCUGGAAACUAAUUUAUCUUUGCCAUAUCUGAUUAAUUUCAAUAUUUUAGAUGUUGUAAAUCAUAUGAGUAUUUAUUGUUGCGAUGAAACUCUGCUAAAGUCAUCUAUUUUGUACUCACAAGGUUUUUUUUAAAAAGAACUUGCCAAAACUAAAGUUUAAUUAUCUAUGAAAUAUUUUUGCAAUUGGGAGUGCAAGAAGACUGUAAACCAACAGGUAAGACAUGAUGAUCUUGAUGAAAGAAUGCUGGCUCCUCUAUUGGCAAUGUAAUUGAACUGUUCAUCUCUAAAAUGUGCUGGUCGUGUUGCUGAAUAGAAAAGAUCAUACAUUGACCGUGAAAAAAAAAAAUUCAUCAUUUUCUUUCUUUGACGUAGAUUUGUAGAAUUUAAGGUUAAGCUUUUAUAACAAAUUUUAUUUUAGCAACUCUAUGUCUACCUAUUCUAGGAGCAAUGUCUAGAAAUACAAGAGUCAUUUUCAUUAUGUAUUUAUGAUUGUAUACAUCCGGGCUGCUGGCCAUUGUAGCCAGACUUUGUACUAUAUUCUUCUAUUUAAUGCUUAUGUCCGAUGUGUGAUAUUGUUUAUAUGCUCUGAGUGGACUUACUUAGCCAUUUUACAAAACCUGUCAUGACGCAGACCAUUUUUAACUGUAUAUGUGUGGAAAAUUAAGACAUGCCAAUAUUUGUAAUUAUUUGUACAUGAAAAGCUAGGCCACUGUAUGUAUAUAAAGCAAAGAAAAUCUCUGUGUUAUUACGAAGAAUCUCAUUCUUUGAUAAAUUAUUAUGAUUUGAUGCCCAGUCAUUUCAGGAUCAGGUCACUCAGGGGAGACAACUGUGUAAUAAGUUCUCCCAGGUGCCGUCUUAGUAUUGGAGUUACGUCCCUUGAGGCAUGCUCACUACUGUUGGUGCCUGAAAUGGCUGCGCAAACCCUUGCUUCAGUUUGUGUGAAUUUCACCUUUUACAUAUUGUGAUGGCAUUUUGCAGGUGGCUCUCCACACACAACUGAAGGUCGUAAUAAACGAAAAUUUCUGACAUC